AUGUUCAACCAGCAGCAGCAACAGUUCCAUCAGCUGAUCCAGCUUCAGCAUCUUCUGCAGCAGCACCAGCACACUGUACAGCCAGCAGCACACCACCCACCCCACCACACAGCACCCUCUGCCUGCCCAGCAUGCUGCCCCCAGGCCUAUUUCAAAUCCAGUCCAGCAGCCACAGCAAAUGUUGAACUUGCGACCAGCCAGCCCUGCCAGGCUUCUCAACACUCAUCCAAUGAUACAGCGAGCUCUAUUAAUGCAGCAAAUGCAAGGUAAUCUCCGGGGUCUCAGCAUGGUUGCGCCUCCAAUGCCACCCUUCUUUCCCACAGCUGCAAGACACUCCAUUCUGGGCAUUCCUCCUAUAGGUGUUACUGUGAAGGCUCCAAAUAUGACUUUCCCACCACCACUUCCAUUCACACAGCCGCGACUUUAUCACAAGGUAACGAAAGAAAGGCCAUGAAACUAAGCGAGACAGAGAAAAGCGUUCCUCCCUUCCAGACACCAACUCAGAGAAAACUAAUGCAGAACUUCCCCCUACUGCAUCCGAGGCUGAUGAAAAUGUCACUUCAGAAGAUGCCGAAACGCGAACUGAAUGCAGCAUUACCGACCCCCUUGAACCUUCAGCCAAGAGAGCAAGAAGCUCAGAGAGUGGUACGGAUGAGACUAGCUUCACUGUAGAAGGGACAGCAGAAAAGGGAACUCUUGCAGAAGAGCGAAGUGUGGAAUCUCAGUCUUCUGAGGGCAUGAGCGGAGGACGUGCACUGAAAGUGACCAUCCAGCGUCGAAGUGAAAGUCGUACCACAGCUCUACAGCCUGCCUGUCCUGAGAAGAAAACAGCAUAGCAGGGAGCUCUGUGCAAAGUCAACCUAGAUUCUGCUGCUACAUAUGCAAAACCAGCUACCACAGUCUACAGAAUUUCCAGUCUCAUCUGGUGACAGCACAGCAUCAGCAUAAGAUCCAGGAGAUUGAACAUCUCAGUAACGCCUGUCUGGUAACCCUUCUGCCCACUGCCAGGGAGACUCAAGGCAGCAUUGGAAACAGGGAUGGUAGAAAGAAGCAGUUAAGAUGGUGCAAUGUCUGCCAAGUCCACUUCAGCUGUGACCUCAUCAAACACCGUCGGACUCAGGAACACAAGAUGGCAAAACGCUCCCUAAGACCAUUCUGCACAGUGUGCAGCCGACACUUCAAGACUCCACGCAAGUUUGUAGAGCACAUGAAAUCACCAGAGCAUAAACAGAAGUCACAGGAGGUCAAGCUUGGUGAAAAGGAGCCAUGGAACAUGGAAGAGUCAGAGGACUUGAUCACGGUGGAUGCAGUGGGCUGUUUUGAGGAAGAGGAUGAUGAGGAGGAGGAGGAAGAGGGGGUUAGUGCAGAUGAUACUGCUGAGGACCCAGAGAGCUUUAUGGUACAGGGAGAGGACAGGGGUGCUGACUGCGAGAAAGAUGAAUACAAUCCAGACACUGCCUAUGGCCUGGAUUAUAUGGUCCCCGUCGAGGGUCAUCUCUGCAGGCUGUGUCACAAAUUCUAUCCUAGUGACUCUGCUGCCCGGCUCACACACUGCAAGUCCUUGGUGCAUUUUCAGAACAUCCAGAGAUACAAAGCUGCAAAGAAUCGCAUGGCUUCCCAAGGCGGCGUUUCAUCAUUAAAUUCGGAGGAUGAAAAAGAGAAAACGGCUAGCACUACCAGUCACAAAGAUGAAGACUUUGUUAAUCUGGCAGAUAAGAGCAGCUCUGUACAAACAAAGCUGACCAGCGAGAAUCGAGCAAGAGUUACCAUUGGAAGCGGCAAUGAAGAUUCUAAUGCAGGCUUUGAUACUAUUGUGGGUACAAGUGAGGAGGAUUCUGGGUACCUUAUGGAGGCAGAGAUGCAGCUUGCCAAAAGUGAAGAGGGAGAAAAAGUGGCAGUUGACCAGGAAACCUAUAGUGAGAGCACACCGAGCCCAGUCCGCCACAAACGUCAAUAG